AUGAUAGAAAAAGAAGAAAACGAACGCAUAGAACAGUUUAUUGAAGCUAAAUUCAAUGAUGGAAUAAAUUUAUUAAUGUCAGAUCGAUUUGAUGACAUCUUAGAUGGAUCAAUCUCUGUUCUUCAAGCUCUAAAAUUCAAUCCUGAGCUCGAAAUUCCUGAUGAAGUUUUUAUUAAAUUACUUAAUUUGGCAUGCCUUGAUCCAAAUCUCAAAGAAUUACAACUAGAGUAUACGAUUUAUGAUCCACAUGUUACAGCUCCAAAUAUUAUCCUUGCAAGUUUAAAAAUUUUAGCAUACCAGAUUUCAUUUCCAAGUAAGUUAGAAAUUUUAAGCAAAAACGAUACAAUAUCUAACAUAGCAAGUAUUCCGCUUACUACUGUUGCAUUCAACAUAUUCACACGAUUUUUCAAAAUUUCUCCGGAUUGUUAUCGAUAUCUUGUAUAUGAAACGAAUUUGUUUAAGAAUAUUAUCGAAGCAGUUUCUAAUUUUAAUCCUAAAAACUAUAAAACAUGGUCAAUUACAAAUUUUGAUACAUUAUUUCGUUUUCUUACCGAAAUAUUUCCAUUUUAUAUCCAAAAUCCAUCAGAUAUACCUUUGAAUACCGAUGACUACUUACAAAUCAUUCAUUUUUCUAAGAUUUUAUUACAACGAGCAGAUGUCAUUGUUCAAACAUCAAUGCUCAAAUUUCUAUCUGUAGUUGUUGGAUAUGACAUAAAUUUUGCAUCAAAAGUCGUUGAAGAAGAAAUAAUUCCCUUAAUUUUAAAUUUAUUUGAUGAACACUUUAUUUUACGCGUGGAAGCUCAUCCACUAAUACCAGCCUUUAAUGUUCUUAUCAAUUUAUCUAAUUACAGUCAAUUUGAAAGUUAUAUUUCAAAUGAUGACUUAAAUUUAUGGGGAUUCAUUCAAUGUAUCAAGAGUUCAAGUAGUUUUGAUCAUGUUAUUGAUAAAUACACAUCAAUUUUGAGCUGUAUUUUGAUAUUAAUUAAACAAUCUGUAAAUUAUGUUGAUGAAACAGUAGAAUUAAUAGAAUCGCUCAGCUAUCAAAAGAAACGUGUUGUAUUUUUAGAUAUUUUAGCUAGAAUUCAAAGAUUAUCAACCGAAAAAUUUAAUUCUCUUUUUGAACAAUCAAAUUUCUUUAUUUACUUCCUUACAAGGUAUCAUAGUUAUGUUCCUAAUGAAACAUCCAAUAUUAUUUUGCUGACACUCGAUAUCGCUUUUAGAAUUGAUAAAUAUUGCAUAUUAACAGGAAAGCAAGAAUUCAAGGAAUUUGUAGAAAGUGAUGAAGAGUUUAGAGAUUGGAUUUGCGAAAUUUUUGAAGAUUUUGAUACAAUUUUGAAAGAAAUCGAUGAUCCAUUUAAACAAAUGAUUCUAGGUAUUGUAGAAUUUACUACUAAUUUAUAUAAUUAUAUUAAUUCAGUCGAAUAA